CGCCCUCAGCUCUCCUCUCGCUCGCCGUUAGGGAGGCUCAGCGCCUCAGCUACAGCCUCCGUCUCCGCUCCCGCCCCAUCCUCCGCGUCUCUGCCGCCGCCACCGCCGGGGGCAUCCGGGGGUCGCCUAACGGGCUGGCCCUGCGCCACAGUCGUCGCUUCAGCCUUCUGCCAGUGGCGGCCACAAGAAGAAGCUCGCUGGCCGCGGAGCCACUUGGGGCCUCAGUUCUCGCCCUCUUUCAGUUGCCGCGGGUUCUGGAGAAGCGGCCGCGGCCGGGGAACUGGGCGUCGAGGUUCCAACGAUUAACUGCUGAAGUACUGAUCGAGUUCUGUGUUUCUUCAAUGAGGAACUACAGGCUGAUCUUCUGCCAUAAUCUCAAACAGCCAUAAAUGACAAAAGAAUGCUUGCUCAUUGAGGGUAGCUGGUGCAGAAACCAUUUUUUAAACUUAGGUGUUUAAGUACUCAGAGAAAAGACAGCUUUGAUUUCUGGCUGCAAAAAAGAUAUGAGGAAGAGCUCCUCCCCUUCCUUGAAUAACUGCAACUCCGUUCUUGCUAACAAAAUAUUUGGAAUUCCACUUGAUGAGCUGCAGCAGGGAGGACAUCCAGACAAUGAGGUUCCGUUCAUAGUCCGCCACGUAGUGGACUAUAUUGAGGAACAUGGAGGUCUGGAGCAACAAGGACUUUUUCAAGUCAAUGGAAAUGCUGAGACAGUGGAGUGGCUUCGGCAGAGAUACGACAGCGGAGAAGAGGUGGAUUUGGUUAAGGAAGCAGAUGUUCCCUCGGCUAUUAGUCUUCUUAGGUUUUUCCUUCAAGAACUUCCUGAACCUGUUAUCCCUGGCAGUUUGCAUAUUCACUUGAUGCAGCUUUCUCAAGAUUAUAAUAACGAAGAUGAAUUUGGAAGAAAGUUGAGGUUCCUCUUGCAACAGCUUCCACCUGUUAAUUACAGUUUGUUAAAGUUUCUGUGUAGAUUUUUAGCCAAUGUAGCAUCACAUCAUGAAGAAAUUUGGUCUGCAAACUCUUUGGCUGCUGUCUUUGGUCCAGAUGUCUUCCAUAUUUACACAGAUGUGGAAGAUCUGAAAGAACAAGAAAUAGUGAGCAGGAUAAUGGCUGGACUUCUGGAAAAUUACUAUGAGUUUUUUGAGAAUGAAGAGGAAGAUUUUUCAUCUAAUGAUUUGAGUUCAAUUACUGAACAGAAGGCAGGUAGCAGCGUUCUCCACAAGCUGGAGUCUGGAGAGCAGGCAUUUCACGAGGCCCUAGAGAAGGGAAUUACAGCAGUCAAAGAAAGAAGAGAUGUUAAUGAACUUUCUGAGGAAGAAGAGGAAGAUGAAAAGCUGGAACAUAUAGAAGAACUUCCAGAAGAGGGUGCAGAAAAAUCAGAUGACAUGCCAGAGGUGGUACAGUUAAGGAUGACUGAAAACAUCCUGGAACCAAAUAGUGUUACAGCAUCAACAAGUGCCCAUAUAUCUCCUAUCGGCAUCUUACCAGCCUCUGCGGACAUUUUAGAAAGAACAAUUAGAGCAGCUGUGGAACAGCACCUUUUUGAUCUGCAGAGCAGCAUAGAUCAUGAUCUUAAGAAUUUACAACAACAAAGUCUGGUGUGUAAUAAUGAAGCAGGAAGUGUUAAUUGUGAUGGGGAAGGAUCUAAUAACCAGGUUGAUAUUGCUGAUGGUAUUAUUAAUGCCAGUGAAUGUAACAGAGACUGUUCAGAACCUGUGGCUAGCACUAAUUUAGACAAUGAAGUUAUGCAGCAAGAUUUUGUAUUUGAGGAUGAAGAAAAUAACCAGACUGUAGGUAUACUGUUAGAGCCAUGCAGUGACCGUGGUGAUGGUGAAGAUGGCUGUCUUGAGAGGAAAGAAUAUUUGUCAUUUGACAGUGAUAAAUUGUCACACUUCAUUCUGGAUUCUAGUAGCAAGAUAUGUGAUUUGAAUGCCAACACUGAAUCAGAAGUGCCAGGAGGUCAAAGUGUUGGUGUUCAAGGGGAGGCAGCAUGUGUCCAAAUUCCACAUUUAGAUCUGAAGAAUGUUUCUGACGGUGAUAAAUGGGAAGCGUCAUGCCCUAUCACUUUUCCCCUCAUUGAUUUCAAAACAAUGCAUCUGCAGAGAGAUGGGGAGGAGCCAUUUCCUGCUUUUAAGUCUUGGCAGGAAGACUCUGAGUCUGGAGAAGCUCAACUCUCUCCACAAGCUGGAAGAAUGAAUCAUCAUCCUCUGGAAGAGGACUGUCCUCCAGUAUUAUCACACAGGAGUUUAGAUUUUGGGCAAAGCCAGCGUUUCCUACAUGAUCCAGAAACAUUGGAUUCCUCAUCUAAAGCACUUUCUUUUGCUAGGAUUCGAAGAUCAUCUUUUAGUUCAAAAGAUGAAAAAAGAGAAGACAGAACACCAUAUCAAUUAGUCAAGAAACUUCAGAAAAAAAUCAGACAAUUUGAGGAACAGUUUGAAAGGGAAAGAAAUAGCAAGCCCUCCUACAGUGAUAUAGCAGCCAAUCCAAAGGUAUUAAAAUGGAUGACAGAGCUCACCAAACUGCGAAAGCAAAUCAAAGAUGCAAAACACAAAACCUCUGAUGGAGAGUUUGUACCUCAGACACGUCCACGUAGUAACACUCUUCCAAAAAGCUUUGGCUCUUCUCUAGACCAUGAAGAUGAAGAGAAUGAAGAUGAAUCCCGGGUCAUUCAGAAGGAGAAGAAGCCAUCUAAGGAAGCAACACUUGAACUUAUUCUGAAAAGACUGAAAGAAAAACGUGUUGAGAGGUGUCUUCCAGAAGAUAUCAAAAAAAUGACAAAAGAUCAUUUGGUAGAAGAGAAAACUUCUCUCCAGAAAAGUCUUCUUUAUUAUGAAAGUCAACAUGGAAGGCCGGUAACCAGGGAAGAAAGGCACAUUGUUAAACCUCUUUAUGAUAGAUACAGACUUGUAAAACAGAUGCUGACAAGAGCUAGCAUCACUCCUGUCCUUGGAUCUCCAUCCACCAAGCGAAGGGGUCAGAUGUUACAGCCAAUCAUAGAAGGAGAAACUGCACAUUUUUUUGAAGAAAUCAAGGAAGAAGAAGAAGAUGGUGUUAGUCUGUCCUCUGAGUUAACUGAUAUCUUGAAAACUGCUGUACAGGCACAGUCUUCAUUGGAAAACUCAGAAUCUGAUAUGGAAGAAAAUCAAGAAAAACUGGCUCUAGAUCUCCGAUUGUCAAGUACUCGAGCAGCUUCUAUGCCCGAAUUACUGGAACAGCUUUGGAAAGCCAGAGCUGAAAAAAAGAAACUACGUAAAACAUUACGGGAAUUUGAAGAAGCAUUUUAUCAACAAAAUGGAAGGAAUGUCCAGAAAGAGGAUCGUGUUCCAGUGCUUGAGGAGUACAGGGAGUACAAGAAAAUUAAAGCCAAGCUUAGGCUUCUUGAAGUUCUUAUCAGCAAACAAGAUUCUUCAAAAUCCAUAUAAAAUAUGGUCCUUGAAAACAUCAUAAAAUCAGUUGUAUUCCCUGAAGCUAUCAUCAUGUGUACUUGGCUGGUACUUAAGUUCAUUUUGUCAGGCACUCACAGAGUCUCAUUUUGUACUUGCUGGUGGUGCCACUAGAGAAAUGAUGGGAGGGUAAGUAGACCCUGUCUAGGGAGUGCGAUGUUCCAUGUUAACCACAGACUGUCCCCUCUACCUUUAGCAAACAUCCACUUUUCUUCAUUGUUUUGUACUACAGAUACAUCGUGUUAGUAAAAGACUAAUAUUUUAUCUUUUCAACUUUAAGAACUUUGGAGAUAGAAGCUUUUUGUUAUUACCAACUUUAUUAUUUUGUUUUUCAUUACUCAAGAAAAUU